AUGAGUUUUAGUAGUCUCCAAAUGACGUCGGCUCAUGUGGUUAUGGUGAACGGUUUGCCACAGUGUGAGGGGUGGCUGGAGAAAUACUCUGUUGGUGGCGGUUUGUUUUCUACACACGAUUGGCAGAAACGAUACGUUAUUGUUACCCGAGAAGGCAUUGGUUACAUGCACCAUCAACCUGAACAGUCACUGUCACCAUCGUCGGCGCACUGUUUUAUACCGUUUGAGGAGCCGCAUAGAAAAAAGGACGGUACGAAACAGCGCCCUGUUUAUCUUCUGCGGCAUGUGGCGCCUUUUAUGCAUCCUGAGAUAUCUUCAAAGGUACGUGGUGUGCUUUCUACCCCAUCUUCUGGAAGUGAAAAAUCUGAUGAUGUUUAUUACUUUGCAAUUUCUUUCACAAGGGGUAGAAGACGAUUAUUUUUGUUGUUUAGAUGUCGUACUUUACAGGACCACGUUGUCUGGACAUCUGUACUCUCUGCAUAUAUUCCAGUUGGUAGUCUUAGCACUAUUGUUCCCGUUCCUCACCCACUGGAGGCACACCACUAUACCACCAAUAAUGGUGAAUUUCUAGGGCCACGGAGAAAGUCAUUCAAGUUAAAAGGAUAUCAUCCAAUAGAAAAGGUGUAUGGUUUUUUGUAUAGGAAAGAUCCUGAUCCAUGUCCUCCACGAGAGUUAAAACAAAUUAAUAAGCGAGUUCUUGAGUGGGAUGAAGGGGAAAAAACGAGGUGGCUUGAUGUUUACAAGGAUGAUACAUCAUCUCCUGAAAAAACUCUUUCUUUAAGUGAAAGUAAUGAAGAGGAAUGGAGUAAAUUAUUGUAUAUAACGUCUGAGUUGGAUGCCGCAUGUGAAGUUGAUUCAGUGGAUUCUGCUUGUAGUGAUGUGGCAGCUGAAGAACCCGUGAAAAGUGAAGAGUAA